AUGGCUGGCACUCCGCAAGGCGAGGCGCUGCUAAAGCGCCCGUUAUACGUGUACUCUCUCCCCGCCGAGCUCCUGGGAUCGUUAACCGCAAAAUCGACAAACGGCCAGACGGUCUUGACACCCAGCGCAAACGUACCGGGAUACGAAGUACGAGAGAGUGAUGACGCUACCAGUUCUCCGGGCUCCAAGUCCUGCACUCUAUGCCAGAUACUAUUUCAGGACGUCAGGGAACAGCGUGAACAUGUCAAGUCGGACCACCACCGAUACAACCUCAAGGCUAGACUACGGGGCACGGCCACGCUGAACGAAGUAGACUUUCAUAAAGCAAUCGGAGAUCUAGAUGAAUCUAUAUCUGGCUCGGAAUCAGAAUCUGACGACGAGGAAGAGAGUGGAGAGCAGACGCCUGAUAGCACCCUCACGGCCCUACUGAAAAGACAAGCAAAGAUAAAUUUACCGGUACCCUUUGACGAAGCUGAAAGUACGAGUAAGAAAGUUCGCGGUGGGAAGGAGCCACUAUUAUGGUUUACAAGUCCCAUACUCCCUCCAAAUACGUCUCUAGGGGUGUAUCGGGCAUUGUUCACGAAGGAAGAAUUGGGGGAACAGAGCCAGUUGAUUGAUUCGCUAAAGUCUAAACAGAAGAAACCUCAUAUCAUCCAGCGAAAUCAAGAUAGCUCAGAGACGGCUUCGAAUACUUCCAAGAUUACAAAAGAUUCACACUCGGAGCACAUCUCCCUAUGUAUGAUCGGUGGAGGUCAUUUCGCGGCCAUGGUCGUAGCCCUUGCGCCCGAGGUUCAGAAACGGUCUGGCAUCGAAGAGCGGCAGGCUAGAGUGAUUGCUCAUAAAACGUUCCAUCGGUAUACAACAAGGCGAAAACAGGGAGGUGGUCAGGCAGCUAAUGAUGCUGCGGGGGGGCUUGCGCACUCGGCCGGUGCUUCCUUGCGACGAUAUAAUGAGGCAGCUUUGGAAAACGAAAUCAGGCAACUGUUGAAGAGUUGGAAGGACAUGAUUGACGAUUCACAGCUGCUCUUCAUCCGGGCUGCAGGAUCGACAAAUCGCAAAAUAUUAUUCGGGCCGUAUGAGGGACAAGUUAUGAAGCAUUCUGAUCCAAGGAUACGGGUGUUUCCGUUCAGCACACGCCGAGCAACCCAGGCAGAGUUGAUGCGAUCAUUCACAGAGCUUACCCGGGUCAAAGUUAGCCAUAUUGAUGAGGCUGCUCUUGUGGCCGAGGAAGCAAAGCGUCGAGAUGCAGCAUCGAAAUCUCCCAAGCCAACAGCCCAAACUCAACCACAAAAGCCAAAGGUUUCCAAAGAGGAAGAGGCCGCAAUGCUUCAUACAUCCCAGAUCCAAGCCCUCAUACGACGUUCAAAGGUCCCUGCGCUACUCUCAUACAUCUCCAGUAACUCGAUACCUCAAAAUUUCCGUUUCUAUCCUCCGGACUCGGCACAGAACUACCACUCCUCGACUCCCCUCCAUCUAGCUGCAGGUUCCAAUUCACCAGCAAUUGUUAGCGCAUUGUUAACGAAAGCUCGAGUGGACCCUGCCCAGUUAAAUGACGAUGGGAAGCCAGCUUUCGAUCUUGCCGGGAAUCGCAUAACGCGAGACGCUUUCCGAGUUGCUCGCCAUGAGCUUGGGGAGGAUACCUGGGACUGGGAAGCCGCCCAUGUGCCUUCUGCAAUAUCAAAGGAAGAAAGCGAAAGUCGAGAAGAAACAGAGAAAAAGGCGGCCCAGGAAGCCGAAGAUAAGAGACGAGCAGAGGAAGUUGAACGUCUUAGAAAGGAAGAGACUCCUUCGAUUGGAGGGAAGAAUCGCGCCUCCCGUCAAACGCUUGCUGCAAUACAGCAGAAGACUGGUGCAGAGAAACGGGAGGAAGAGACAAGGGGGAUGACGCCGGAGAUGAGAAUGAAACUGGAACGAGAGCGGCGUGCAAGAGCUGCCGAGGAAAGAUAUCGAAAAAUGCAAGGUGGCUCCGCGACAUAG